AAAUUGAUUAUUUGUUUAUCAAAAUCUUCAUACUUCUUCCCUUAUUCUUCUCUCUCAAUCUCAAACACGUGGUCAUGGCUUUGCAACUGUGGGAGACUCUCAAGGACACCAUCGUCGCCUACACUGGCCUCUCUCCUGCUACCUUCUUCACGCUCCUAGCGCUUUUUUACGCCCUUUACUACGUCGUUUCGGGUCUGUUUGGCUCUUCCUCCGACCACCACCACCUCCGCAUGGAGGACAACAUGCCGCCACUGCGUCCACCGGUUCAGCUCGGUGAGAUCACCACCGAGGAGCUCAGGGCCUACGACGGCUCCGAUAUCCAGAAGCCCUUGCUCAUGGCUAUCAAGGGUCAGAUCUAUGAUGUCUCCCAGAGCAGGUUUAACAUAACACACAACACACCCCUUUUCUUCUCAACUCUAUUUUUCUGUUCUUCAACUUCUUUUGGGUUUUGGGUGUUCUUUUAUUUUUUGUUGAGUCAAUGCCCACCUUCCAAGUUGGAAUUUUUCGACGUUACUCUUGUUAAAAUUUGGGUUUUGCUGCAUGUUAUCUGUCUUGCUUUUAAAUUAUUUCCAUUUGUGCUUUUUCUGGUGACCUUUUGUGUGGAGGUGCUGAUACAAUUUGAAUUUUUUGAGUCUGAGUUACUUUUGCUUUUGUAAAGGUUAGAUUUGUCCUUUGGUUCGCGGGGUUCCUUUUGUUGUUCCUGUGACAUGUGAUGGGUAGAGGACAUGCUUCUCAUGUUAUUAUGUUGAAAAUUGGAAGGUGGGAAUUGAAAGGUUAAAUGCGGGAUUUAUAGAAUGUUGUGAUGAAGUUCUGUUUCAGUUUUCAAAGCUACUUUUUCAUCUUCUUCAUUUUUGUAGUAAACUCUAGUGUGUGCUUGGUUGAGUUGGUGGAAAGUAGAAAUGACGUAGAAGGGUAACCCCAAAGCUACUCUCUUUGACAGAGUUCUCUCUAAUGCAAUAGUCUCCGACUCACAUUCGGAUAAUAGGAACGGAAAUCGAUUAUCAAUUUUUUUGGGUCAAAAUCAAAGCUGUUAACUGUUUACAAAAAUAGCCUAUUUUUAGGCUAAAUAAACUAUAAUUCCAAAUGGCCCAAAAUAGAAAAGUCAACAAAAUUGAAAAUUCCUAAAUUGAAAAAUAAUCUCUAAUCAAAACCCCUAUUGUAAAAUUAAAUCCCUAAUUGAUAUAAAAAAGCCCAAUCUACAUCAGGAAACUUAGCGUUUACUCCUUUUUUUUUCUGUGUGUUUAUCUGCACUUCAACGUUGCUCAGAGUUGACAAAAUGUAGUACUCAUAUGAUCUUAAUGUCAACGGAAUUAAUGAGAAUUAAUGGAAAACAGAAUUGUAUGGGAUUGAUUGCACAAUUAUUUGUAACGGUUAUUCUUUUAUUUAACAUAAUUAGCUAUAAAUGUAUAUAUGGUAGUUUAGCUGAUUUAUUGGGCUGAAAUCAACGUUACAGCUUGUAAUAUUACUGUAUUUAUAUGAGCAAUCUGAAUGAGAAGGACACACAGUUCUUGGCCAAAUAUUUUCUUAAUUUGACAUGGUAUCAGCUUAGGUUACGAUUCAAGAACCUCGCCUACGUUCUCGGUUUUUUUUUUCACUUCUAUUUCUCGGUCAUUUGCUUCCCAGUCCAGAUUACUCUAGUUCCAUGUCUAUCGAAAAGCACGAUGUCCUGUUAGUUCGCCUUAACGGCAAAAACUACUCAGCUUGGUCAUUCCAUUUCGAGAUAUUCGUUACAGGAAAAGAUUUGUGGGGUUAUGUUGAUGGCAACACUCCAAUCCCUGACAAAGACAAAGAUAAGGUUGAACAUGCCAAGUGGGUAGUCAAAGAUGCUCAGGUCAUGGCCUGGGUCCUUAGUUCCGUUGACCCCAACAUUGUUUUGAAUCUUCGUCCUUACAAGACAGCAGCCAAAAUGUGAAAUUACUUAAAAAAAGUCUACAGUCAAAAGAACACUGCACGACGAUUUCAGCUUGAGCACGACAUAGCUUCCUUUCAACAGGAUAGUCUCUCCAUCUCUGAUUUUUACUCUCAAUUCAUGAAUCUUUGGGCUGAGUACACUGAUAUAGUUUAUGCAGACUUAACUUCUGAAGGUCUAAGUUCAGUACAAACUAUUUAUGAAACGACUAAACGAGAUCAAUUUCUUAUGAAAUUGAGAUCUGACUUUGAAGGUAUUCGGUCCAAUCUCAUGCAUCGUGACCCUGUACCAUCUUUGGUUGCGUGUUUCAAUGAUCUGUUACGUGAAGAACAACGCCUCCAUACACAGUCCAUCAUUGCAGAUCAAAAAUCAUCUACUGUUCCAAUGGCAUAUGUGGCACGAGGGAAGUCAAGAAGUCAUGACAUGAGUGCUGUUCAAUGUUUUUGUUGCAAGCAAUUUGGACAUUAUGCUUCCAAUUGCCCAAAAAAAUUCUGCAACUACUGCAAAAAGCAUGGACAUAUUCUUAAGGAAUGCACAAUAAGGCCACCACAGCGAAAUGUCACAGCCUUUACCGCCGCAAUUGAUUCAUCUAUUCCUGACAAUUCAGUCAAUGCAGUACCAGUUCAACCAAAUCCUCUUGCUACUACUUCAACGGUGACUCCUGAAAUGGUUCAACAGAUGAUUAUUUCAGCAUUCUCUGCUUUAGGAAUCUCAGGAUCAACACUCAGGGAAGAUCAUCGCGAAGGGGCCUAAAGUUGGACGUCUUUUCCCAAUCCGUUUCUCAUUACCUCCAAGUCUUUCUUUGCCUUUAGUUUCUUGUAAUUCUGCCUUUGUUGAUUACCAAGUGUGGCAUAAGCGUCUUGGACAUCCAAACGCAAAUGUACUUCAUGACUUGCUAAAAUCUGGUUUUUUUGGAAAUAAACACACUCCAUCUCUUAAUGUUGUUCAUUUUGAUUGUAUUCCUUG